CUUUCGGUUAUGCUGUCACGAACGAAUCGCGAAUAAUAAUAUAUUUUAUAGUCGCCAAACUGUUCGUAUAGUUUGUCGAUCGGAUCACACGCCUCUGUGUAUGAAAUUUUGAUGCAACACAAUACACUCAAUGGUCGCGACCAUUGGUAUGAAGAGGCCAGAUCCGCACUAAAAAAACGGUUGGCCAGCUACGAGGGUAAAAUGGGAAGAGCGAAAAACGUGGUGUUUUUGGUCGGUGAUGGAAUGGGAGCAUCUACAUUGACCGCUUCGAGAAUAUUCAAGGGACAGAGACGGGGCAACCAAGGAGAAGAGGAGCAAUUGAUUUGGGAUUCGUUUCCCGCUGUGGCAAUGGCAAAGACCUACAAUUUAAAUGCUCAAAUCGGUGAAUCGUCAGCAUGUGCUACCGCAUUGUUAUGUGGUGUAAAAGCCAAUUUCGAAACAGUUGGAUUGGACGGCAACGGAAAGUUCGAAAAUUGUUAUUCCAGUUUUGCAUCUAGAGUUGACUCGUUGGCUUACUGGGCUCAACAGGAAGGUAAAUCAACUGGACUAGUAACCAAUACUCGAAUUACUCAUGCUACACCGUCGGCGUUAUACGCACAUUCGCCUAGCCGAUAUUGGGAAGAUGACGGAAAAGUGCCUAUUCCCGCAAGAAAAUCGUGUAAGGACAUUGCUCGACAACUGGUAGAGGACGAUCCCGGUAGAUUUAUAAACGUAUUACUAGGUGGUGGCAGAAGACACUGGUUACCAAAAGUAGCACAGGAUCCAGAACAACCAACAGACGAAGGUAGACGAUUAGAUGGCCGGAAUUUGAUAGACGAUUGGAUUAGAGAUAAAAAGAAACGAAACAUUAAAGCCGAAUAUGUGUGGAAUAAUAGUCAACUGGACAAAAUUGAUGCUAAAAAUGUUGAUUAUCUUUUAGGUUUGUUUGCGUAUUCACACAUGGAGUUUGAGGUGGAUCGGGACAAAGGACAAAAUGGUGACCCGCCACUACAUGAGAUGGCCGUCAAAGCAUUAUCUAUACUCCAGAAGAACAACAAGGGAUUUUUUCUGUUUGUUGAAAGUGGACGUAUCGACCACGCACAUCAUUACAAUAAUCCUUACAGAGCUCUAGAGGAAACGCUUGUCCUGGAGUCCACGCUGGAAGCCAUCAUGUCUAAGGUGGACUUGUCAGAGACACUUAUCGUUGUUACAGCAGAUCAUUCGCAUGUAAUGACAAUGGGAGGAUUGGCAACUCCUCGCGGUAACGACAUAUUAGGCGUGGACGCAAAGCCGUCGGACGUGGACGGGUUGCCGUACAGCACGCUGCUCUACGGCAACGGGCCCGGGCACAGCGCCGAACACCGACUGGUGCCCAUGGUGAACGCCACGGACGCGGAGACGCACAACCGGUUGCACGGGGCCGCUGUGCCGCGUCAGUGGGCCACGCACGGCGGCGAAGACGUGCCCGUUUACGCGGCCGGGCCGGCCGGCAUCACGCAAGCGCUGUUCUCCGGCACGUUCGACCAGUCGUUCGUGCCGCACGCCAUCGCGUACGUGGCGUGCUUGGCCGAACACGCCGAGCGGUGUCGGCGGCAGGACGCCGAAGCCGCCAACCGAAGCAUCAGCGACGCCGCGUUCGCCGCCGGCAAGGCGGGCGUCCUCGGGGUCGGACCCUCGUCGCAGGGCUGCUCGGUGGACACGAACGCCGUGACCAGGACGACAGGUGGUGCCAAAAGCGGAGCGGCCAUAGUAUUGGCCAGCAGCGUGUUGUCCGAAAACGGGUCGUCCAAGCAGACUAACAACACGAACCCACUGCUGAACAUGGGCUACGCGCUGAUCGCCGCGGCAGCCAUGCUCGUAGUAGCAGUCACGUAAAUACCGAGAAGAGAGGCGGGACACAGCCCUCGGUGACUUCGCGCUCGCAACAUAUUAUGUUAUUAUAUCGAUAUUGUUUAUUAUUUUCGGCAUUAUUAUUGACAACGAUGAUGUCGCCGUCCGUCGUCGUCUGUUGAUCUGUAUAAAUCGAUAGUAUUUUUUUUUAUGGGGGGGGGCACUAUAGUAUGUGUGUGUGUGUAUAUGUGUGUAUGUGUGUAUGUGUGUAUGUGUGGACGGGGAGAGGUAAUUGCAAAUCGAAAGGAGUAAUGAGGACAAGAAUAGACGUCUUGUACAGAUCACCGCCGGUUCGAGAUAACAAUACCGCACACGUGGUAUGCGCUAAAACACACGCGCGCGCGCGCCUGCGGUAUCAUUUACAUACAUAUGAAAUAUAUGGUACACGACGAGAGCACAUAAUAAUAUAAACGUUUUGUAAAA